CCCAUGCAUUAUUUUUAUUGUGUAAUUUAAUUUUCAAAUAUUUGACUUUUUUUUCCAGGUAUCUAAUCAUUACCGGUUUCUAACUUACAUCUGUUGUUUUCAGAGAACAUAUAUAUUCUAUAUGAUUUCAAUCUAUUUAAAUGUAUUAAAACUGGUCUUAUGUCCAAGCAAGUGAUCUGUCUUGGUAAAUGACCCAUGUGUGCUUGAAUGUGCAUCCUGUAUUGGUAGAUGUAGUGUUUUAUAAAUGCCAGGUCAAGAUGGUUGAUAGUGAUGUUCAGAUCAUCUAUGUCUUUACUAAGUUUUAGACUAGUUGUUCUAUCAAUUGCUGAAAUAUGUGUGUUACUAUAAUUAAUAGUAACUCUAAGUAGACUGUGAAAAGUUGUUAUAUAUUAUCUCUGAAGCAACCACUAAUAAAACACAGAAUUGAUAAAAAGCCAACAGAAAUUUAAAUAGAAUACUAAAGAGUAAAUAAUCUAAAAGAAAACAUGGAAAGAGAAAAAGAGGGAAAAAACUAGGAGAAAAACACAAAUUAUCAAAUGUUAUUUGUUAAUUUCGCAUGCUUAUGUUAUUAAAAUCCAACCAUAUCAAUAAUUACAUUAAUUAUUAGCUAACUGAACAUUAAUAUAAAAAGGCAGAGAUUAUCAGUGUGGCUAAUAAAAAUAAGAACCAACUAUAUGAUGCUUAUAGAAGAUAUACAUUAAGUAUAAUGACACAAAUAGGUUGAAAGUAAAUGGAUGGAAAAAGAUAUAUCAUGCAAAAAGUAAGCAUAACAAGGCUGGAGUGGCUAUAUUUAUACCAGAUAAAAUAGACUUCAAGGUAAAGAGAACUACCGGUGACAAAGAGGGGCAUUUCAUAAGGAUAAAAAGAUCAAUUAAUAAGAAAACAUAAUACUCAUAAAUAUGUGUGCACCUAGUAACAGCAUCACAAUACACAAAGCAAAAAUAGAAUUAAAGAAAAACUAAUUCCACAAUCAUAGUAAGAGAGCAGCCUGGUACUAGUUAUUUCAUAAUAGCCAAAGUAGAUAUGCCUACUAUUAAUUUUUGUGUAUUGUUGUUUUAUACAGUAAUCGUACUGAACUCUUCAAAAUUAUAAUAAAUUAUAAUUUAGUUCUUAUGAAUUUUUUAUAAAGUAGCUCUUAUGGAUUUUUAUGUAUGUGCAACCAUAGCAUUUGUAGGCUUUCUUAUAGUGUUGUGAAUCUCAUGGAAAGGUAGUGGUAAAUAAGGAAUCCUAGAGGCAAACUGUUUGCCGGAAGCAGUAUCUCUGUGGUAGCUGGAGAGGAGAGAUCCCAAAGCUUCCUACAUCCAUGGUUGGAGGAAACAAACAAACAAAUGGAAGAAACUCACAUAUGGAAUUGUGGGUCAUACAGCCAAAAUCCCAGCAGGUUCUUUUGAAUAUCUACAGUUAUGGCCUUCCUAUCUCCUUGGUCACCUUCCAUUGCUUUCUCCUGCACCCAUCCUUGUUCAGUCUCCACUAAUUCUGCCAGCCCUUUUGCCAGUGGUCCUGCCAUCCAUUUGUGAUUUGGGGUUUUAACUGCUUCUAGUACUACCAAAAAACGGAGUUUGUGUUUUUGGCGUUUAUUCUCAAUGUUGAUUUUAGAUUAUUUCCAAGAAUGGAAAGGCAAAUACUGAUUUAUUCUUCAAACCAUAAGUCUUCAACCAGUCUAUUUUAGGAUUAUAAAAAUUAUAGAAAUAUCCAGCUCUCACAAAGUUGCCUAAGUGUGCUGAUUUGCCAGCUUGAUUUAGUGUGCCCACUUCCUGGCAAAUUAGUUUUUGUUUGUUUGUUUGCUUUCCAAAGUCCAGUUUUCUAUCAGUGGCACCACCCUUUUCCCAGGCUCAGAAUCCCCAUUAUUCUUUAAUACCUCCUCUCCUUCAUCUGUAUUCACUCUCAAUUCGUUAAUCAGUGAUCACCUACCUCAUCUAUCAGUUCUAGCUCCUUUUCCAGGGAAGCCAGAGGCUAGGAGGAAUGUUACUCUUGUAGUGCCCUAAUCUUGAAAUGAGGAAAUAGUCUUUGGUUGCCCCAGUCACAAGAAUGAACUAAGGUAGUAUUAGAGCAUAGUUCUCUAGGACCCUCCCUUGGGGGAUCCAAGCUGUGUGUUUGGCCGCUUUAGGUACCCAGGAUUACUUUCUUGCCAUCCAGAUACAUGAAUCCUAAGGAACUCUGUCCCAUUCUGCAACUAAUUGGCUUGGCCCAGCUCUUCUGUCUUAUUCAUAUUAGUCUUGGGUGUUGUUCCUAAUCUUUUAGUCUCAUCUCAGAUCUACUAUGUAGCUCUGGUACCUAGUAGUACACUUGCCAUUUCUUCCUUGUUCUUCUGAAAGUUCACCAAGCCCUAUGUGAAAGUAUACCCAUCCUGCUUGGCAUUGUCUAUUUUAACUAUCUCCAUGUUUGGACUUGAUCUGAAUGUUGGCUUAUACCUGGGGCCAUUCUACUCAUAUUCCAGUUCCCAUUCCCAGCUUGUCCUAAAGCCAAUAUUCCAACUUGUUCCUGGGAUACCACUUCCAAGCAAAAGCAUCAUACUCAGAGAGUUAUGCUUCAAUAAGCUUUAUUUGUCUUUAACAUAACAGAUUCCCUAUAAAAAUUGAAUUGGUAAAAUUGAAUUUAGUUGAAAUUAUGAUAGCAGCAUGCUAACCUCUCUUUUUUUUCUUUAUCUUUUCCUUCCUCUAAGUAUUUAGUGAUAGGAAAUAGACUGGAAAUGAAGUGAAAAUGGAGGUUAACAAACAGAAAAGGCUUUUCUAUUUUGUAAAGUUACAAGACUGACCAAAUAAAAUGAUUCUUCUAGAAAUUUUUGACUCCUGUUAAAGAAGAUAACAAACUUUUAGAAGAAGCCACAGACGAAGCGUUGACUGAAGGGAAAGAACCAUAUUUAGAUGAAGACUCAGAUGAGGAACAUUUGGAAGGAAGUUUGAGUUCAUUUCAGUAUGAAGAUUUGCAAAGCACUACAGUAUCUCAGCAACCCCCUGCUCCAGCUGCGGAAGAGGCAGAGGAGGAAGUUAAAAAGAAAAUAUCAGAGAGUUUCUUCUAUGAUUAUAUGGAGCUUGCUUCGAUGCCUUUUGUGACUCUGGAUUCAAACAUACCACUGGACCUUCUCACGCUCGUACAUUCUUUUGGUUAUGACUGCAGAAAGCGAGCUAACCUACAACUUCUGGAUGACAGUAUCGCAAUGUACAUAGCUGGGAACCAAGUGAUCUUUCUGCAUUUGAAAACCAAGGAACAGAUCUACCUGCGAAGUAGCAGCGGUGAAGGAAUUGGCGUCAUUGGGGUUCAUCCACAUAAAACUUACUUCACAGUAGCUGAAAAAGGGAGUUUUCCAAAUAUUAUCAUCUAUGAAUUUCCUUCUCUGAGACCCUACAGAAUCCUUCGAGAUGGGACUGAGAAGGGAUAUGCUUAUGUGGACUUUAACUACAGUGGUACCUUGCUGGCCUCUGUUGGUAGCAACCCAGACUACACACUGACUAUCUGGAAUUGGAAAGAAGAACAACCCAUACUGAGGACAAAGGCUUUUUCUCAGGAAGUUUUUAAGGUUACUUUCAAUCCUGAUAAUGAAGAGCAGCUUACUACAUCGGGAUCAGGCCACAUCAAGUUCUGGGAAAUGGCUUUUACAUUCACAGGUCUCAAGCUGCAGGGAUCACUAGGUCGAUUUGGCAAAACAACGUCUACUGAUAUAGAAGGCUACAUGGAGCUCCCAGAUGGGAAGGUGCUCUCAGGGUCAGAAUGGGGUAACAUGCUGCUUUGGGAAAGCGGUCUGAUCAAAGUGGAGCUCUGUCGAGGUACAAGCAAGUCAUGUCACAAUGGUCCCAUUAACCAGAUAAUGCUGUAUGAGGGUGAAGUUAUCACUGUUGGGUCAGAUGGAUGUGUUAGGAUAUGGGAUUUUGAGACAAUAGACACUGCUGAUACAAUAGAUGAGACUGGAUUGUUGGAGAUUGAGCCUAUUAAUGAACUUCAAGUAGACAAGAACGUGAAACUCUUCUCUAUGAUAAAAAUGAAUGAAACUGGAAAUAACUUUUGGUUGGCUCAGGAUGCCAAUGGAGCCAUAUGGAAGCUUGACCUUAGUUUUUCAAAUAUUACCCAGGACCCGGAAUGCCUCUUCUCCUUCCAUUCUGGAGCUAUUGAAGCCGUGGCUGUUUCUCCUCUCACUUACCUCAUGGCCACAACUGCCUUGGACUGCUCUGUUCGAAUCUAUGAUUUUGCUAGCAAAAUUCCUUUGGCUCAGAUGAAAUUCAAACAAGGAGGUACUGCCCUUGUUUGGGUACCCCGAAUGGUAAGCUAUACUGGAGCACACAUUAUUGUAGGAUUUGAAGAUGGAGUUGUUCGACUUCUUGAACUUUAUGAUCCAAAAGGGCUCACAGUUUUUGCAGGACGGAAGAAAAUUUUGGAUGCUGAUAUUCAGUUGAAACGGGUUUUCAAACCCCAUACUGCUUGUGUCACUGCUUUAGCUUAUGAGCGUGAUGGGGAAAUUCUAGCCACAGGGAGUAAAGAUCAAACUGUUUUCUUCUUUGAAGUGGAAAAUGAGUAUAAGCCAAUUGGUUAUAUUAAUACUCCUGGACCCGUGUGUCAGUUAAUGUGGUCUCCUCUCUCUCAUCCUGAAAGUACUUUACUAAUUUUCUGUGAAAAUGGCUAUAUUCUUGAAGCUCCACUUCCAACCAUAAAGCAAGAAGUAGAUGAUCGUGAUGUAGUUUCCUAUGAAAUCAAAGAUAUGUGCAUAAAAUGUUUUCAUUUCUCAAGUGUCAAAUCUAAGAUUCUGAGAUUAAUAGAAAUUGAAAAGAGAGAGAAGCAAAAGAAGUUGAAGGAGAAAAUAAGGGAAGAAAGGAGGAAAAAGCUAGCAGCAGAGAUGGGAGAAGAUGGAGAAAAAGAAUUUCAGGAAGAGAAAGAGGAGGAGGAGGACGAGGAGGAGGAAGAAGAGCCAUUACCUGAAAUCUUUAUUCCAUUAACCCCCUCUCGCAUCCUCUGUGGAUUUUACUCAGAGCCAGGGAAGUUCUGGGUUUCUUUGGGUGACUAUGAUUCUGGUUUUCUGUAUCACUGUGAGUUCCCCCCUUGUGAUAAAAGCAAUAAUUUCGAAGAACAAAAAGAUGAACCUUUUGAUGUCCAUUAUCUUGAGAAUACAGAUGAUAAUCCCAUCCAAACUAUCACUUUCAACAUUAACAAAAUUAUGAUGUUUUGUGGAAUGAAAAAUGGAGCAAUUCGAGUCUAUGUCCUAGAUGAGAAUGAUCCUUCAUUGACCAGUUUGGUGAACUAUUGGCACCUCAAUAUGCAUGACAAUAACUAUGGAUGUAUUAAAAGUAUUGCUAGUAGCUUUGAUGAUCGUUUCUUGGUGACUACUGGCGGAGAUGGUAAUAUCUUUGUUUUCAACAUUUUUUCUGAAUUUAUGCUAAGGAAAGACAUCAAGGCCAAGGUGCCAUCUCCCAGGUUUGGAAUUGAAACAGAGCCAAUUCCAGAAGACAUUGAAGAUCCCAAAGCCUACAGUAUUGAGAAUGCUAGGAGAAAAAGAGAACAUGACAAAUUAAUGAAAGAAGUGGAAGAAAUAAAGGCAAGGAAGAGAGAGCAAAUCAAAGCUUUGAGGAAUGAAUUUUGUAAACUAUUAAAAAUGAAUGAAGAAUUACCAAAGCAUAUGCAGUUUAAACGAACGGAUUUUGAUGUAGAUUCCAGAAUCCGCGAUGAGAUAAACAGAAAAACAGCUUUCAAAAUUCAACAAGUAGAAAAGGAAUUAGCUUGGGAAAAAGAGAAGCAUGAACUCGGCCUAAUGAAGCUAAAGAAUCGAUUUCGUGAUCCAUUGGAAAGUGAUACUAUUGUGGUUCAUGCCAUACAAAGUGACCACAAGAUAACCUCUUACAGGCUGGUGCAGCCCUCUAAGUACUCCAAAUUCAAACGAGCAAGUCAGUCAGAGAGAAGACCAAGCAAACUGGACAGGUUUGAAAAAGAGGGAGCUGGAAGAAAGGACAGCCAGAGAGAUGCAGGUGAGAGUGUUAUUGAACAAGAGGACUCAAUAAUAGAAAAAGGGAAGAAAUUUCGGCCUAAAACCCUAAGUGAAAUUAUGGUGAAAAAUCAAAUUGAGAAAACGAGAAAACUUAUAUUAAAAGCUGAAAGAGCACAACUGAAGAUUCAACAGAGAAAAAAAGAAUGGGAGGAACUAUACAAGAGUAAACCUGAUGAUGACUUUGAAGAUCCCAAAGAUCUUCAAGCUAUCAAAGAAGCCCAGGUGUAUAUGGGAGAUUUCAAUCUGAAGACAGCCUCAGACUACAAGAUACCUGAGCACAUGAGAAUAAAUGCUGCCAAGAAGGAAGAGGAACUAGGACACCUAGAUUCUUUGGUCCAUGGAAAGAAAAGGCAUAUGAACAAGUGCAUCCUCUCUCUUAGAGACCUUAAAGUGGCUGUUGUAGAGGAAAUACAGUGCCUGGUACAAGAACUGAAGAACAUUCAGUCGACUCUUCAUGUAUCCAAGCACAUACCCAUUCCCAAAAUUCCUCAGAUACACCCAGAAGAAGUUCCAGAAAAGAGAUUUCAAUAUGACGAAGAAACUCUCCUAAAUUUUGAGCAACAGCGUAUGAAAAGUAUAGAUGCAAAGUCCCCCCAAGUGGAACAGACAGGGUCUGGAGGCCCAGGUGGAGGAUUCCUCAAGCUCUCUUCUGGAAAGAAUGGGGAUUUGACAACCCGAGAUUCAAUAUCUAGGUCAUCAAGGGCAUCUACAUUCAGCCUAGAUAUACCAAAGUUUAUGGAAUUCGAAAAGGCAGAGCCAACGGAUGUGGAGCUGGAAAUUAUGAAGAGGGAUGAGAUUAAACAUGUGUACAUGCAACAGUAUUUGGUCAACAGGAUCAAAGAACUGAUUGUCACUUUUGAUGCAGAACUCCGUCUUCUUAGACAUCAGAAACUGAAACUAGAUACUCAGAUGAAAUUAUCUGACCUGCACCACGUCACCUUAUUUCAAGAAAUGCUUCUCCUGAAGAAUUUUGAAAAGCAAGAGAACAUACUUCAAGAGCGUGUUAAUUCCUUAGAAAAAGAGGAACAGUACAUGCAAUGGAAAAUAAACGAAACUCUUAAGGAGAUGGAAGAGAAAAAGAAUGAAAUCACCAAACUCCAGGAGCAAGAAAAGGCACUCUACGCUGGUUUUCAAACAGCCAUUGGAGAAAACAAUAAAUUUGCAAACUUCCUCAUGAAGGUUCUAAAAAAGAAGAUUAAACGGGUAAAGAAAAAAGAGGUUGAAGGAGAUGCUGAUGAAGAUGAGGAAAGUGAGGAAUCAAGUGAAGAAGAAUCUAGCUUGGAGAGUGAUGAGGAUGAGUCUGGAUCUGAAGAUGAGGUUUUUGAUGAUUCUAUUUGCCCAUCGAAUUGUGAUGUGACUCUUUUUGAGCUGGCCCUUCAACUUCGAGAGAAAAGGCUGGACAUUGAGGAGGCUUUAGUUGAAGAAAAGAAAAUUGUCGAUAACCUCAAAAAGGAAUAUGAGACACUGUCAAAAAAAGUGAAAAUUGUGGCAACUAAUCUGAAUGCAGCAGAGGAGGCCCUGGAGGCUUAUCAGCGAGAGAAGCAGCAGCGGCUGAAUGAACUGCUGGUUGUGAUUCCGCUCAAGCUCCACCAGAUAGAGUAUGUGGUAUUUGGAGAAAUACCUAGUGAUCUUUCUGGGACUUUGGUCUUCUCUAACCAUGCCUUGAAACGGCUGCAAGAACGAAUCCAUGAGCUCCAGGAGGAAAAUGCCAAGCAGCAAAAACUUAACAAAGAAUGGAGAGAGAGACGCAAACAGCUCAUCCGAGAAAAGAAAGAAAUGACAAAAGCCAUACAGCAAAUGGAGGAAACAGUCCGUCAACUCAUGAUCAGCAAGUUUGGCCGUGUGGUAAACCUAGAAGCCCUUCAGACGCUUUCUGUUAAUACAACACUUGAAGAACUGAAGAUCAGAAAACUUCGAAAGGAGCUAGCGAAUGCGAAGGAGAUGAAGAUGUGGGAGCAAAAAAUUGCCCAGAUGCGAUGGGAAGUGAUGAUGAAGACAAAAGAACAUACCAGAAAGCUUUAUCAGAUGAAUGAUUUGUGUAUUGAAAAGAAGAAACUUGAUUCUCGGUUGAAUACGCUACAGAAUCAGCAGGGCAAUGCCUUCCAGGGCCCUCGAGAAGCAGAUAUUGUGGCAAGAGAGGAGGUCACUGAACUGAUCCAACUCCAGGCGGAAAGGAUUUCGGCCUUAAAGGAGGAGAUUGCUCUUUUGCGUAGGAAAGGCGGCCUUAUCCUCCCACCCAUUCAGUCUCCACAAGAGAAUGAGAUGUAGCCCAUGGACCUCUGAGUUUGCUGUUUUCGCAAACCCAUGCAUGAUUUCUCACAUAACUCAUCCAAAGCUCUAUCUCCUUGUCACCUGCAACAAUCUUAUCAUUUUAAAGUGAUUUUAAAGUAUUUUGUCUGAAAGUCUAAAACCAGAUCCAGUCAUGUAGCUUUAAGAAUCGCUCUACAAUUUGGUUAUUUUAGAACCGACUGCAGCACCCAACCUCUGUUGUAGAAUGGAAUCAUUUCAGAUGUUUGGGAACUACUAGAUUGAAUAUGAAGUCUCAGAAAGCUGUGUCUCAUCAUUGCAGCAAAGCAUCUGUAAUGUAUUUUGUUUUAGGAAAAUUCUAUUUGGGGGUAUGCUGAAUUUUUAGCCAUUGGCAAGAAAAACUAUCAUUCAGCAAUUAAUGAGAAAACUUUGUUUUCUUGAUCCUUAGAAAAUAAACUUAGAUGUUUUUAAGUGUACUCUGAGAUAAUGCAGAAGAAAAAGACCUUUUGCCAAUGGUAUCUUAGAAUAGAAAUGCAAAUUUCAGUGUUGGCAUGGUAGGCUUCAUAAAGCAGUUAUUUGAGGGCUCAGGAUUCAGGAAAUACAAACAGACAUGGCAGAGCAGUUUGCUUUGGGUUGGCAGAAAGCAGGAAAAUAACCAGCCUUCUUGGCUUGUCCACAGUUUUUGUAGGCUCCUCGGUUCUGAGUGGAGCAGAGGAGCGAGCUUUAUAAAACGGUCAACAAGGAGGCUUUUCUCUAAAGCUUUCUGCAACUCCAUCAGAAUUCUAAGUUUUCCCCAUCGUUUCUCAUGUCCUCUGCCAUUGUCUUUCAGGUUUUACUUGGGCCAUUUGCAGGGUUUGAUACAGAGGAGGAGAUAACGAAAUAGAUUAAGAUUUAGAGAUCAUCUUUAACAAUCGCUUUUGAUUACCCAUAAGAUUUUAAGCUAAUGUAAGAGUAUCCUUUUGGUUGGGGGGGUAGGUUCUCAUUGAGGCUCAUGGCUGUAGCCGUUGAAGGAUAAUCUCACGGACAUUUGGAGUCCUGUUAGUAACAGCAUAGCUCGUUAGAUUAAGAGCUCUGUAUUAAUGAGUUACUCAAUUGAGGCUAUCCCAGGAUAAGUUGGUCACUGAGAAGGGCAGGUGAAGAAGGCAACUUUGCAUAAAUGUACAAGGGAACUCAGCAAUGCCAAGUCUUCCUCACCUGUGAUUAGCCUGUCAAUCUCCCCCCAAAAUUAGAAGCAGGACUUGCUUUCUUUGUACAUCAGAGUAUUCUUAGAGGUGGCCUAUUGUCUUCCUAAGAUUCUUUCAUAUUCCUAUUUAAGAGGUCAGAAUACAUCAUUGUUUGCAUUUGUCACCAUUAAUUUCUGAUGCAGUCACUUCUCUACUGGAGAGCACCCACUUUUUAAAAAAAUCACUUUCUGUGUUGUAUAUCCUAAACCAUGUGUGCCUUUCAAGUAUUUUUAAAAGUAUGCUAUUCAUA